GCUUUGCGGAAGUGCUGGCCUGGCGAGAAGGGGGGAUACUUCCGUCGGAUGCGUGCAAGCACGCAAGCUUCGAUAUGGCGGCGGGACCGAUCUCUGAAAGAAAUCAAGAUGCCACAGUGUACGUGGGAGGUCUGGACGAGAAGGUGUCCGAGCCCUUGCUGUGGGAGCUGUUCCUGCAGGCCGGGCCGGUGGUCAACACCCACAUGCCCAAGGACAGAGUGACCGGACAGCACCAGGGCUACGGCUUCGUGGAGUUCCUCAGCGAGGAGGAUGCGGACUACGCCAUCAAGAUCAUGAACAUGAUCAAGCUGUACGGGAAGCCCAUCCGCGUCAACAAGGCCUCCGCGCACAACAAGAACCUGGACGUGGGUGCCAACAUCUUCAUCGGCAACCUGGACCCCGAGAUAGACGAGAAGCUCUUGUACGACACCUUCAGCGCCUUCGGGGUCAUCCUCCAGACGCCCAAGAUCAUGCGCGACCCGGACACGGGCAACUCCAAGGGCUACGCCUUCAUCAACUUCGCCAGCUUCGACGCCUCCGACGCCGCCAUCGAGGCCAUGAACGGCCAGUACCUCUGCAACCGGCCCAUCACCGUCUCCUACGCCUUCAAGAAGGACUCCAAGGGCGAGCGGCACGGCUCGGCCGCCGAGCGCCUCCUGGCUGCCCAGAACCCCCUCUCCCAGGCCGACCGGCCCCACCAGCUCUUCGCCGACGCGCCCCCGCCCCCCUCCGCCCCCACGCCGGUCCUCACCGCCCUGGGGCCCGGCGUCCACCACCCAGGGAUCCCCCCCCCAGGCGCCUUUCCACCUCCAGUGCCGCCCCCCGGCUCCAUGCCCCCCGGAAUGCCUCCUGGCCUUCCCCCGCCUCCGAUGCCCCCAUCCUCAGGAACACCGGGACCCCCGACAGGAGGCGCCCCAGGAUCGGGACCCCCUCCCGGACCCCCGCCCUUCCCGCCCGGGGCCAUUCCCCCUCCAGGGAUGCCCCAGAUGCCAAUGCCCCCGCCUGGACCCCCUGGCAUGGUCCCGCCUCCUCCUGGCCCGCCGGGCACCGGAGGACAGGGACACCCACGGCCACCGCCCCCGCCUGGCAUGCCGCACCACGGACACCCUCACAUGGGCAUGCCCCAUCGCGGACCCUUCGGCCCACCCAUGGGACAUCCGGGGCCCAUGCACCCCCCAGGGAUGAGGGGACCCCCGCCUCCCAUGCCCCCCCCCGGCUACGGCAGCGGGCCCCCCCGGCCCCCUCCCUUCGGCUUCCAGAGAGGCCCCCACAUGCCCCCGCGCCCCAACAACCGGCCGCCCGCCCCGCCCAGGGGCCCCAUGAGAGGACCGAUGCCUCCCUAGACCUCGGCCUGCUCCCCCGCUGCCUUCAAGUCCAGGGCAGCCUCCUCCCUCUCCUGCUGCGCCGUUUUAUUUCUGCUCUCGGUUCGGGAUCAACAAGAACUGCUUUCUGUACUGCGUCCUUUUUAUUGGAAUGUCCAGAUCUUCUGAUUUACAAGGAAUAAAGUUUUUAAUACGA